GUCUGAUCAGACGUUUUGAGGACCUACUAAAGGGAUAUAAACGAGAAUAUAUAAAAUUGAGAUAUCACAAUUUAUUACGAGGAAUAACCCCUUAUCAUCAAAUUAUACACAAUGGGCGCCGUGCAGCCGGGAGCAGUUGUGACCGUUGAAAACACCUGGGUGCACUCGUCUCCCCACGCCCCCCUGCCCCCUUACGCGGUGAUCGGUGGCCACGACUCGGAUCGCACGCCCAUCUACGUGGGUCGAUCCUUUCACGAGGGCGAGAACCUCCCCGCCAAGGUCAUUCCGAGCAAGGGCUGCGCUUAUGUCGCUUACGGCGGUUCGGAGCACCAGAAGAGCCACUACGAAGUGCUGGUGGGACAGGGAUUCGCCUGGGUGCCCAGUGCCAGUGGCGGAGUGCCGCCGAAUGCGGUUAGGAGUGGAACGACCCGUACGGGGGAGCCACUCUACGUGGGACGUGGUCAUCAUGCCGGCAGCUUGACCGUGGGCAAAGUUCAUCCAUCGCAUGGCUGCCUGUACAUUCCGUUCGGUGGCCAGGAGGUCAGGAUCAAUCAGUACGAGGUGCUUAUCAAGCAGCAGUACGACAAUUGGGUGGCCGCCUCGCCCAGUUACACGCCGCCGGGUGCAGUGAUCGCCGGUCACGACUCCGACCGUACGCCCAUCUACGCCGGCAGGGCGAUGCACGAGGGCGAGAUGCUGCCCGCCAAGGUGGUGCCCAGCAAGGGCACCGCUUACGUCUGUUUCGGCGGCUACGAGUUCCAGAAGCCCAGCUACGAAGUGCUCACCGGCUGUGGAUAUGUCUGGGUCCAUGCCGGACAUCAUAUUCCACACAAUGCCGUCUCCACCGGACGUGCUCGCAACGGAGAGCCCCUGUACUAUGGACGCGGUCACUACCAGGGCAGCCUGACCCCGGGUCUGAUCUCGGCCAGCCAGCGAUGCCUCUACAUUCCGUACGGCGGUCGGGAGAUCCGCAUCAACUCGUACGAGGUCCUCUGCAGGCAAUAACCUGCCGAAGCCCCAUUAUUACCAUAUGCAUUUAGCCCAGAUCAAACUGUUAUCGCAAAUCAAACACAAUAAACCGACUGCUAACACCCAA